AUGGCAGAAGAUAAUACAUUCGAUAACUGGGUAUCAUUAUUCUCUCAUCGCGGGAGUUAUGACCCUCUUCGGGCUGGCAGCAUCGAUGGAACUGACUCUCUGGCCCAUGAUAGGGCUGUUAUUCGAGCCAUGACUUCAAGAUAUAAACCCAAUACCUUGGUAGCAACUGAUCCAAACAGAACACUCUUUAUUGGAAGGUUAAACCCCAAAACAACAGAAGGUAAGGACGCGAAUAAGAUGAUGAUAGAUUCUAGUGAAAUAAUUGUCGAGCAUGAAUAUGAGAGAAAAUUAAAAGGAUGGAUUCCUAGAAGAUUAGGAGGUGGAAUCGGCGGUAAGAAAGAAUCUGGGCAACUACGUUUUGGUGGAAGAGAUAGACCUUUCAGGAGACCAAUGUAA